GGGGCUUGGAGCCACCUGGAAUAGUGGAAGCUGUCCCUGCCCGUGGCAGGGGGGGCAAAACGAGAGGAUCUCUAAUGUCCUUUCCAGAUCCAACCAAUCUGUGACUCCAUGACCUGUCCUGGGUGGGGAUGUGCAUUCACCCCUGGAGAUCUGUGUCCAUCCCUGGAGACCUCCAAUGCCCAUGGCAGCAGGUCUGCCCCUCUCCCAGCCCCCCUCUCCACAAGCAGAGUCAUUAAAGGAAGUACCUGUGCAAUCAAAGUGACAGCCUCGGGGUCAAGGCUCCUUAUGAUGAAGAUAAUGAGGUUUUAGCAUGGUAGAUGCACAGAGGUGUGGAGCUGAUGGGCCUGGAGGGACAAAGGGCACAUCCCAGCAGGAUCCUCGUGAGGAGCACAGGUCCCUGUGCAGCCUCAGCAGAGCUGCUGGUCCCGGGCACUGAGCAGGGCUGGUGCCCACCUGCAUGGCUCCACGUCCUGUGGAGGAGGAGAGAUGGCUUCGGGGGCUGGUUGGCUUGGGGAGCAUCUGGCCCUCACCCCAGAGAUCCCCUGCCAGCUCUCCACAGACCCAAAACACAGGGGUUCCUCAGGAAGCAAAGCCUUUCCCUGACCUCUCCCUGGCCAUCAGGUGGUGCCAGACUCAGCUGGCACGCUCCCACUUCUGCUCCUGCAGGAUCUUUGGACUUUGUGCUGAUUUUGCUGUUUGCUGUUAUUUAGCAGCAGAAUUCACUUUUCAAAGGGGCAACAACCCUGCUCCCCACACCCUGUGUCUGCUGAGGCUUUGUCCCUCCCAUUGCGCAUCCCUCUGCCCCCGGGGCAAAGGCACAGGAGGAGGGACCUGUCGCUCUCAGUGUCCCCUCGGUGCCCCGUCGCUCCCGGCCAGGGCAGCCAUGUCCCCCCCGCUCUGGAUCGCAGCCUGGGCGCUCCUGCUCCACGGUACGGCAGAGGGAGGAGGGGCGCUGGGGUGGGACGGCACAGCUGGGGACCCCCAGGAUCCAGAUGUGGGGACGUGGGAUGUCCCAGCCGCAGCUCUGGGUGAGGCAGAGGUGGGUGCACCCCAGGGUAGGAGCCAGACUGUGGGUGGGCCCGGGGCGGGUGACAGGCUGUGCCGCAGGGCGGGCGCCACGGGCUCCUUCCACCAGAAGCGACAUCCGCGACUGCACCGCGGAGCCGCCGUACCUGCCACCGACGGCCACCAACACCACGGCGCGCCUGGCCGUGCUGCGGGGCAUCCUGCGGACCCACGGCGUCCACGCCUACAUCGUGCCCUCCACGGAUGCCCACAUGAGCGAGUACAUCUCCGAGCGGGACGCCCGCCUGGGCUGGCUCACCGGUUUCACCGGCUCCGCAGGCACCGCUGUGGUGACGCGAGACAAGGCUGCCCUGUGGACCGACAGCCGCUACUGGACCCAGGCAGAGCGGGAGCUGGACUGCAACUGGGAGCUGCAGAGGACAACCUCCAUCGAGUCCAUCGCGACGUGGAUCCUGAAGGAGGUUCCCGCGGAGGGGAACGUCAGUUUGGACCCCUUCCUCUUCUCCAUCGACACCUGGAACAGCUACAGCCGGGCUCUGCACGGCUCCGGCCGGACCCUGCUACCCCUCGAGACCAACCUUGUUGAUCAGGCGUGGGGUGACCAGAGACCCCCUCCCUCCUCCAGCGAGAUCUACAGCCUCCCAGCAGAGUUCACAGGUCUGACCCAGCGUCCCGCAGCUCUCCCACAGCCCCCCCAGCCUGGGGCGGGCCCUGCCCUGAGCCGGCCGCUUGCCCGACCCGCAGGGAGCAGAUGGCAGGACAAGGUGGCCGGGAUCCGGCAGCGCAUGGAGCAGCACGCGCGGCGCCCCACGGCCGUGCUGCUGUCGGGGCUGGAGGAGACGGCCUGGCUCUUCAACCUCCGCGGAGACGACAUCCCCUACAACCCUGUCUUCUACUCCUACACCCUCCUGACCAACACGACCAUAAGGUGGGCAGCACAUCCCUGUGUGCACAGGGCUUGGAGGGGGCUCACCACGCACCCCCCUCCAGCCUUAUCUGUACGUACCCUUGAACAGAGACCCCCCCACCACAGCCCACAUCCAGGGGACCCCAAAGCCAGCGCUGGGGCUGCACCAGCCCCAUUCAUGACGCCCCUUUGCAGGGAUGGGACAACAGACAUCACUCGCACAGUGCACUGGGGCGAGCCCACCCCUCUCCAGAAGGAAGCCUACACCCGUGUGCUCAUGGGCAACAUUGACCUCUUCCGCCUCGUCUUCCCAUCCAACACAGCAGGGAGAACGGUGGAGUCCUUCGCCCGCCGGGCACUCUGGGAUAUCGGACUCAACUAUGGCCAUGGCACCGGCCAUGGCAUUGGCAACUUCCUCUCAGUCCACGAGUGGCCCGUGGGUUUCCAGUCCAACAACGUGCCACUGGAGGCUGGCAUGUUCACCUCCAUCGAGCCCGGAUAUUACCAGGAUGGCGACUUCGGGAUCCGCAUCGAGGACAUUGCCCUCGUGGUGGAGGCACAGACUGAGCACCAGAGCGGGGAGAAGCCUUUCCUGACCUUCGAGGUGGUGUCUCUGGUGCCCUAUGACCGCAACCUCAUCGACCUCAGCCUCCUGUCCCCAGAGCAGGUACGGCCGUGUGCUCGGGGUGGGGAGCAGAGCAGGGCUGCCAGGUCAGCACAGGGGCUUGGGGGGUGGAUGCAGGAAAAACCAGGACCGUGGCAUGAGGCUGGAGUGGGUAAGUGAGGACAGAGCAAGGAUGGGCGCGUGGAUGAAGAGGAGCAAUGAGCUCUGCGGGUGGGGCCAGUG